GUUGUAGCCCGGUCGCUAGGCAACCAAGCAGCGGUCACUGCAGGGGUCUGGAAGCAGCGGUUUGAGUGAGAGAAAAAGAGCAAGUGGCCCGUCAGAUAGGUCUCUUUCUUUGGCCAGACCAUGGCCGCGUUUCAACAAGUGGAUCCUUCCCUCAGGGCCUAUUUCAAGAAACAUUCCAUACCCGACACCUAUGAGGCCCUGUUAUGUGGUCUAUUAAUUAUGUGUCCAGAUGAUCCACUCAGGUUUUUAGAAGAAAAGAUCAAAGAAAUAAUGGACAAGGGUCUAUAUAGUAUUUUAUGGAAUAUGUGUAUUGAUCCAGGCCUAAGUCUAAGACUAAAGGUGAUUUCAGAAACAUAUUUACACACCCUUUUGGGACUUGAUGAUGAUCAGCUGAUGACUACAGAGUUAUGUGAUAAAGCCUGGGACCUUUAUAGCACUAAAAUAAAGAGAAUGUGCUUUGAUGCCUGGAUAGAGUAUUGUUCUAUGAAGAAAAUUGCUAGGGAACUCCUACAGAAAAAGUUGUCUUUUGCAAGACACUUCCAUGAAAACAAAAUAUUAAAAUUAAUAUUAAACAAGUGGAAGACUUGGGUGCAGCUUCGCAAAAAACAACAUGAACGGGCAGCGAAGAGGCUAGGAAAAGUCUUUGAUUGUACAUUACAGAAGAUUAUCUUAAACGCUUGGAAAAAAGAGACUUAUUUUAAUAGAAAGGCUAAAAGAUACAUGGAGCAGCAUACAGAAGAAGAGACUGAGGAAUUUAUUGUUGUUGAAGGACAUCAUGCUGAAGGACAUGAAAGACAUCCUUCUGAUAAAGAUAAACAUUACUCUGUAAGGCAUUCACAUGAAGAUUAUGUGCCAACGUUGCUCCUAAAACCAGGCAAAGAUCAUUUUGUAAAACUGCCAGAAAGAGCACUAGCCCAGAUAUUCUAUUAUUUAACUUUAAUUGACUUGGCAAGAUGUGCUCAAGUUAGCCGAACCUGGAAGGCAAUGACCCAAAUGGGUUCAGUAUGGAGUAAUAUUAAUUUUUCUGCUGUAAAAGACAAGGUUAAAGACACUGUAGCAGGACAUAUUUUGCUGAAGUGGCAUACUAAUGUGGGGCAUUUGAAUCUUCGUGGUUGUGCUACACUUCACUGGCUUACUUUUAAAAGUAUUGGUCACUGUAAGAAUCUGCAAGACUUAAAUGUCUCUGAAUGUCAAGGGUUAAAUGAUGAACUAAUGAGGCUUGUAACAGAAGGUUGCCCUGCUCUCCUUUACUUAAAUUUAUCUCACACAGAUAUUACAAAUGGAACACUAAGACUUCUGUCAAGGGGCUUCCCUAAUUUACAAUGUUUAAGUCUAGCUUAUUGCAGAAAAUUCACAGACAAAGGCUUACAGUACCUCAGCUCUGGAAGAGGAUGUCACAAACUCAUCUAUUUGGAUAUUUCAGGCUGCCUCCAGAUCUCUGUGGAAGGCUUCAGGAAUAUUGCAGACAGCUGCAGUGGUAUCCAGCACCUGGCAAUUAAUGAAAUGCCCACUCUAACAGACAGAUGUAUUCAAGCUUUAGCUGAAAAAUGCCAUCAGAUUGUGUCUGUUGAAUUUAAUGAGUCUCCACAUGUUUCUGAUACGGCUUUGAAAGCACUUGCUGAAUGUAAACUUGCAAAGAUGAAGAUAGAAGGGAGUAAUCGGAUUACUGACCUAAGUUUCAAAUUGAUGAGUACAUUCUGGCCUCAUAUGAAACGUAUCUGUGUGGCUGACUGCCAGAAGAUAACAGAUGCGAGUCUCAAGAUGAUUGCACCACUGAAUGAUAUUGUUGUACUGAAUUUAUCAGACUGCAUGAGAAUUAGUGAUGCAGGAAUAAAAUCUUUUGUUGACGGUGCUUCAGGCUCAAAGAUACGAGAACUCAUCUUGGCUAAUUGUUCCUAUGUUACUGACAGUGCUCUCAUAAAAAUAGCACAAAGGUGCCCAAACCUGAUUUAUCUAAAUCUCCGUUAUUGCCAAGCUGUGACUGAUGCUGGAAUUGAGACUUUAAUACUGAUGUCUUCAUUGGCUUAUAUUAAUAUUUCCGGAAUUAAUGUCACAGACCAGGCUUUGGAUACCCUUGGCAAACAGUGGAGACUUAAGGAGAUUACUAUAUCGGAAUGCAAGCUUAUUUCUGAUUCAGGAAUUAAGAAAUUCUGUGUUGAUUUGAGAAGACUAGACUACAUUGAUUUCUCUUACAGCCAGCAGCUAUCAAAUCAUUCAUUAAAACAUUUGGCAUUCGGUUGUCACAGACUUACAUCCAUAAGUAUGGCUGGUUGUCCCAAGAUAACAGAUGUUGGUAUUCAGUUUGUGGCUGCAUGUUGCAGUUAUCUUCACUACUUGGAUAUCUCAGGCUGCAUAUAUAUUACUGACAAAGCACUUAAGUGUCUGUGGAAAGGAUGUCUGCAACUCCGAAUUCUUAAGAUGCUGUACUGCACAAAUAUUACCAAACAAGCAGCUUUAAAAUUUGCCUCAAGGCUCCAGAAAUAUGAAUACAAUGAUGAUGAACCUCCUCCGUGGUUUGGUUAUGAUACUAAUAGUGAGUCACUCACUCUGAAGAAACAGAAAAAAACUCGGCAUAGCAUUGUACAAUCUCCAGGAGAAAAAAGCAUGGAAUCCAGCAUGCCUUCCACAGUAGACCCUCCACCAGAAAAAAGUGUGGAAUCUAGUAGGCCUUCCACAGUAGACCCUCCAGCAGAAAACUAAAUACCACAUAAUAUGUUUAAUUUCCUUAAGGAUAAAGACUAAAAAUGGAAAAUCAUUUUUGUUUUGUUUUAAGAAGACAAUGGUACAUUAUCUUACCGGUUGUUCUUAGUUUGAUAGCUACUACAAGUCAUAUUGUACAAUGUUUCCUUCUUUCCUAAUUACAGAAUACUCAAUGAAAUGUUAUACCUUUGUUCAAUUCUUUUUUCAGAUA